AAAGUUGAAUCAAUUUUGUCUUUUGUGCAGAGCAGAAGAGUGGAGUCUGACCGAGCCGCAGUUUCUCUUCCCUUUUCCCCGAAUCCUUUUAAAACUCCCUCCCGAACCUCUCCCCUUCCACCCUUGCCACCCUACCCUCCCCCAAACCGCACUUCGACUGCCCGAUCGGAUUCUACGACCAAAGAUAAUUUUCCUUGCAAGUCUAAACGUAGAUAUCUACCGCAGUUAUGGAUUCUGGUGUUGUUGAAGGAGGGCUGAAUGUGACCUUAACUAUCAGGCUUCUGAUGCAUGGAAAGGAGGUUGGAAGCAUCAUUGGCAAGAAAGGAGAGUCUGUAAAGAAGAUGAGGGAGGAGAGUGGUGCCAGAAUCAACAUCUCAGAAGGAAACUGUCCAGAGAGGAUCAUCACUCUGGCUGGACCCACCACUGCCAUCUUUAAAGCGUUCUCUAUGAUUAUCGAGAAGCUGGAGGAGGACAUCAGCAGCUCGAUGACCAACAGCACAGCCACCAGCAAGCCUCCGGUCACCCUGCGCAUCGUCGUCCCCGCCAGUCAGUGCGGCUCGCUGAUCGGCAAGGGGGGCUGCAAGAUCAAGGAGAUCAGAGAGUCAACAGGAGCUCAGGUACAGGUAGCAGGAGACAUGCUGCCCAACUCAACGGAGCGUGCCAUCACCAUUGCAGGGAUCCCACAGUCCAUCAUCGAGUGUGUCAAGCAGAUCUGCGUUGUCAUGCUUGAGUCUCCACCGAAGGGAGUGACCAUCCCUUACCGGCCCAAACCCUCAGGCUCUCCAGUCAUCUUCUCAGGUGGUCAGGCUUACGCUGUCCAAGGACAGCAUGCCAUUCCACAGCCUGAUGUAAGUGAAGGUCCCUCUCUCACCAAACUACACCAGCUCGCCAUGCAACAGAGCCCCUUUCCCAUCGCCCCUAAUAACCAGGGCUUCCAGGCUGGGAUGGAUGCUUCUGCACAAACGGGCUCUCACGAGCUGACCAUUCCAAAUGAUCUGAUUGGCUGCAUUAUUGGCCGCCAGGGAUCGAAGAUCAAUGAGAUCCGUCAGAUGUCCGGCGCUCAGAUCAAGAUUGCCAACCCAGUGGAAGGGUCCACUGACCGCCAGGUCACUAUAACCGGGUCCCCCGCCAGCAUUAGUCUGGCGGAGUACCUGAUCAAUGCCCGGCUGUCUUCUGAAGCGACGGGACUGGCAGCCAACUGACGAGGAGGUUCUUCAUUUGCACCUUAUGUUACCCCCCCCUCUACUUUUUUACAAAGAUCUCCCUUACUGGAUUUAAUGCAAAAACUAAGUACUCUGAACUCUCCUUUAUUUUGGUUCCACACCUACUCGGCUGUAAUUAUAUCAUUGAUGUAAUGAUAUUUUAUUUAUUUAUUGUUUUUAAAUUCCCUCUUUUGCCUAGUUUUUAAAAAACUUUUCUUUUUUUGUUUUCCCCUCUUAUUCUACUGUAUUUUUCCGUAAGACCUUGUUGAUAUAGCGGAAACGUUUUUGGAAAAAUCUGAAAAGACAUAAACGUGUGUUUUUUAUGUCAGAUUUUUCUUAGAAAAUGUAAAAAAAGAAAAAGAAAAAAAAAGACGACUCUAGAUUUGACUGUUCUCUCCCCUGAUUAAAAAAAAACUAUUUAUUUUUUAUUUAAUACACCACUCUUUAUUAUAAUCCCUUGCUAGCUGCCACUGUUAUCUAAAGCUAUAAUUCCUGAAUGGGUCAUGGUUGGUAAUGUUAUGUGGAUAUCAUUUUUAAGUACACUUGAAGAUGUAUGGAAACCAUUUGUGUGAAGGUUGUUGCUAUAAUCCUACUUUAUUUAUUUAUUUGAAGGCGGCAGUGUAAUGGAGCAUACUAAGCUGCAUAACUAAGCUGAGAACUUUGUCAUUCCUGUAUUUCCAUCCAUUUUGUUUCUCAAUCAGGUCUUUUAACAAAACAUUGUUGUGUAUCGGAUUAUGAUGGGUCAGGUUCCCCGUAUGUCUCCUGCAAGGGGGCCAGACCUGAGGUGUGCAAAAAUAUUUUUCUUUUCUCUGAAAUUAACAAGAUAAUGAGGAUUAUAAAAACAUUGAAAAAUGUUUCUUUUAAAUAGAGAAAAUAUUUUUUUUAACUGCAGGGCUGGGGACUGCUGCAAGGGGGGGCGGGGAAAGACAUGAGACGUGUAGGUCUUGAUAUAAGAAUCACGCUGAGGUAUUUAAAUUAAGAAACGCGAGAAGAUUCUUAAAAGUAACACUAGUUUCUUGCUAUCCUUUAUGCCUGGGUCGGAUUUUAAAGUUUUUUUAUUCUUUGCAGUAUGAAGAAACUUUCUUUGUGCGAUUUCUCAAACUGAUGUAGAUUUGGGUGCAAUUGAAUUGUUUGAAGAGCUUAAACAGAAAUAAAAAUGUGACAUGCUA